AUGAACCCUAUAAUCAAGAAAAAUAAUAUUAUCAAGUGGAAAUUUGAGAAUAUUGAUAAUUUGGAUGCGACUGGAAGAUCUAGUAACGAAUUCACAACGGAUGAUUUGAAAUGGUAAGUUUGGUGUAAUAAAUCUAGAAGAGUAAAUGCUUGUAUUUAGAUUUUUCAGGAAAAUAAAAGUGAAGACAGAGUCUGUAAACGGAAUCAAACAUUUGGGUGUCUACUUAUGCCACAUCUUAGAAAAAUCAUCAUGGAUUAUUGAAUCAUCGGCAACAAUUAAAAUUGUUAAUACGGAAGAGUUGAAAACCGCGAGCUUUGAUAACGGAUUACACACGAAAACUGUUCCCGGGUGGGGGUUUUUCCAUCUUCUAAAGUGGUCUGAACUUGCUCCAAAAAAUAUAUCUGGUUCUAAAAUCGAUUCCAUCACUGUUGAAUGCGAAUUCAGUUAUAAAUUCUACGAUUUUUCGAAAAGUUCUUCGAUGUUCGCGGAUUUGAGUAUCAAAGUCGGAAAUCAUGAUUUAUAUGUUAGCAAAUGGGUAAGGUUGCUUAAAAUGUUUCUAAAUGUUUAUAAAUGAAAUUGUUCAGUACAUCUGCACAUUAUCAAAUUUUUUCAACAAGGAAUUUGUCAAAAACAACGAGUCUACAAUUACUGUAACUGAUGUGGGUUCCGAUGAUUUUAUUGAAUUGUUAGCAGCAAUGAUGCCUGAUCCAAUUCAGAUCACAGGUUAGUUUUGUGUUUUUAAAGAUUUGAAGAGUUAUCAAAGAAUUUCCGUUAGCUUAUUCCAUUCUAGUUUUAAAAAAUCAGCCAAGUUGAAUGUUCGAAAACUAAAUACAAGGUUAAUUGAACAUUUUUCAGGUGGAAAUUACGACACAAUUCUUGAUUUAUCCGAGAAAUUCGAAAUUGAUUCAUUGAUCAAAAAAUGCGAGAAAUAUUUCAAGAAAAACAAAUGCGUUAAAAUCAUUCGACAAAUCAAAGAAGCUGAACAAGUUCAUGAUUUGACUUCGAUUGUAAGUAUUUCAAAAUAUUUUUGGAAAAAUUGAGAAAACCCGAAUUUUUCAGCCAACACUUCUUGCAACUUUGAAACGCGGAAAAGAACUCAAAAUUGUUUCGGAAGAUGAGAAUUUCAAGAAUUUCAAAGAUUCUACAAAAGUCGCUCUUAUGAAUGCUAUUUUGAAGUUUGUCUGA